UCCAAUGGUCUCUGUGCCAGUGUGUAUGUGAACUAUCGGGUUCACAAUGCUGUUAUUCAAUUACAUACUUCUAAUUUCGUUGUUCAUAACAUUGUGCAUAGUGGGAAUAUAUUCUGACAUACCAUGUGCAGCCCGUCAAAUAACUGGCCAGUCGGUGGUCUGUGUCUGCAAUGCCACCUAUUGUGAUCAGACCACAAGAACUACACCCAAUGUAGGUGCAUAUGUUGCAUAUACAUCCUCUGAGGCCGGUGCCAGAUUCAAGAAAACAACAGGAUUAUUAGAAAUAUCUAAUAACCUAUUAAAUCAUAAUGAAAGCCAAAGAAUUACGACACUAGCGGUAAAUCCGCAGAAGCUAUUCCAAACAAUUGAAGGCUUUGGUGGAGCGGUGACUGAUUCAGCUGCUAUCAAUUGGAGUAACUUUACUGAUAUACGUCUGAAAGAGGACAUCAUAAAAUCGUACUUCAGUUCUACUGGUAUCGAGUAUAAUAUGGUAAGGGUGCCUAUAGGUGGUUCCGACUUCUCUACACGUCCUUAUGCUUAUAACGAAGUUCCCGAGUAUGACGUCAACCUUACUAAUUUCAACUUAACCAGAGAGGAUUAUGAUUAUAAGAUUCCGAUGCUGAAGGCAAUAAAGAAAGAUUCGCCGAUCCCAGUCCACGUAAUAGGGACCACGUGGUCACCACCGGGAUGGAUGAAAUCCAACCAUGCACUAGUAGGAGCCAGUCAUCUACUACCACAGUAUUACCAGACUUAUGCUGACUAUCAUCUCAAGUUCGUGCAAAAGUACAAGGAGGUAAACAUUAACAUUUGGGGUAUUACUACCACAAAUGAACCUAUUAAUGGCGACUUUGGUACUGUCAGAUUCAAUUCUCUUGGAUGGACCGCGAAGAAUAUGGGAAGAUGGAUAGCUGAUUUCUUGGGACCUACAAUCCGCAAUUCGGAGUUCAAUAAACUAAAAAUUCUGGCGGUCGAUGAUCAAAGGAUAACUUUACCAUAUUUUUUUGGUUUGAUGAUUAAAGAACGUCCAACAGCCUUGCAGUACAUAGAUGGUAUAGCAGUACACUAUUACUUUGAUGCAGUCUCUCCUCCAGAAUUACUAACGUUGAUUUCUAAAUAUUACCCAGAUAAAUUCAUCAUUUCUACUGAAGCUUGCGUAGGUAGUAAUCCGUGGGAGAGUCAGAAAGUGAUAUUGGGGUCUUGGCAACGCGCAUAUACUUAUAUUCACGAUAUCUUUCAGGAUCUCAAUUACAACCUGGUUGGUUGGUUGGAUUGGAAUUUGUGCUUAAAUAAAGAAGGCGGUCCGAACUGGGCUGGGAAUAUGGUGGACUCACCCAUCAUAGUGGACGCAGAAAACGGUGAAUUCCUGAAGCAACCGACGUAUUACGCCAUGGGGCAUUUCUCGAAGUUUGUGCCAAGAGGCUCGAGAAGAGUGGAGGUGACGCAGUCGAAACCGUUCUAUUAUCGGUCGCUACUUCAUGUUGCGUUCCUUACUCCGUACAAAACUGUGGUUGUAAUAAUUUAUAAUAAGGACAGCUCCACUAGGCCUGUCAAAGUUAAAGUUGGCAACUAUCAAGAGGUGUCGCUGAUUUUAGAUGCAAAAUCCAUAACAACGAUUGAGUUACGUUCUUAGUGUAUGUGUAAUAAGUAAUUUUAUGUAUACUAUGAAAUUUGUGAUUUAUAUUAUUUGAUAAAUAAACA